AUGGGCACCGGGGUGUGGGGUAGAGGAGGAGGGCUCGCACCUCUGGUCACAGGGCCAGGAAAUCCAGGUGGCGUGAAAAGUGCACACUAUUUAUUUUUGGGUUUUGUCAAAGGCAGAUGGGAUUUUGGAGAGGAGGCUAGAAGAGCCUGCUGUGCGGGGGCCUCCCUGCGUACUGAGGGGCCCAGGUCAGCUCCCCAGGCCCUUUGCCUUGGGCCCGAGAGGUGGCCUGCCUGGGGGCCCCGGGGGAGGGAGCAUCCCCACGUCCUUCCUGGCGCCAAUGCCAUUCCAGAACCUCGGUCAGUGUUUCCUGCGUGGGGAUGGGCCCAGAGAGAGCGCGUGUCUGGCACUGCUGUCCUUGUGUCCUGCCCGCAUCGACCCUGCACCACAAGGGCUUUCUCUGGUCCCCUGUCCCCAAGACAGUGGUCCCUCUCUGACAAAAAGAGCCUGCACAUGUGGGUGAGCAAACCCAAGCUGUUUACAGCUCUUUCCUGUCCCGCCGUUCGGUAG